GGGGAGGGGCUGACGUCGCCGUGGCUGCGCCUGCGCUUUUCGCUGAGCUACAUUUCAGGCCUGUGUUUCAGGGAAGGCCUAGUCUCUGUUUUCAGUUAAGGCCACCCUUGCUCGCGGAGGCUCUCCGGUGCGUUGUGGGCCGAAUAGGCCCUAUCCCGCACCCUUCUCCCCUCCAGCCCAGUUCUGUGGUGUGGGCAGACCUUUCCAGGCCGCCGCUGCUCGCGCGCAGGCUUCGGGGCUGUCACUCCAGCACGGUUAGCGGCAAGCCUUGCUGGGGUGCUCGGCCCCACCCACCGGAACCGGUCCCCUGCCCGGGUGGGGUCGUGAGCUGUCCUUCCCCUGGCUACAGCUUUUCUCGGGAUCAUCAUUCGGGGAAGGAUCCUAACGAGAGCAGCAGAGUUGGGAGUCCAUGCAGAGUUUGUAUGGCCUGGAGAGCCUCAAAUAUUCAGCCUGACCUUUGCUGAUGUUCACCCACCCCCUGCUCUGGAAUAGUUUCUGUCACUUGUGAGAUGGAGAUAAGCUGUAUAACUAUCUCGGGCUUGUGCAGAUGGAGAUGAUGUGAGUGUAUAUGGCACGCAGACUUGCUCAGUACCACUGCUAAGAGCUGUAAAGAUGUCUGACACAAACCACACAGCUGCCAGAGCUUCCCUUAUUGAGCAGCUGAUGGCUAAAAGGAAUUUUGAGGACCUUGGCAACCAUCUUACCGAGCUAGAGAUGGUUUAUGUGACUAAGGAGCAUCUCCAGGAGACAGAUGUGGUCAGAGCUGUGUACAGAGUCCUCAAGAACUGUCCCUCAGCGACUUUGAAAAAGAAAGCCAGGCAUUUGCUGUUAAAGUGGAAAGCUCUUUAUAAGGAUACUCACUUCAAAACAAGGGACAGCUCUACAUUGUCCUCUCCAGGCGGUAGUAAAGAAGAAGGUGCAGGAGUUUCUCAUGACCAAAGUCAAGAUGAGAUCGCCGGCACCUGCGCCUCUAACUCUCUGCCCUCGCCCCAGGAUGUUGCGGCCCCCACCGAAAUGAUCAGGCCCUCAGGUAGCACUAUUCAGAUGGACAUCAAGAAAGAGCAUUUUGGGGGCAGUGACCCUGAAUCCACCGGCAAUAGACCGAGUGACUUGCAGGAUCCCACAGUGCCCAUGAGGACCAAAUGCAUCGAGCUUCUUUAUACAGCUUUGACUAGUUCUUCCACAGGUCAGGCAAAUGCUGAUUUGUGGCAAAACUUUGCAAGAGAAAUCGAAGAGCACAUUUUUACCCUUUACUCAAAGAACAUCAAAAAGUACAAAACCUGUAUCAGAAGCAAAGUCGCCAACUUGAAGAACCCUAGAAAUUGCCACUUGCAACAAAACUUGCUCUCCAGGACCAUGUCUCCAGAAGAAUUUGCCAAAAUGACUGUCAUGGAGAUGGCAGACAAGGAACUGAAGAAGCUGAGGGCGGCCUACACGCAGUCCUGCAUCCGGGAACAUUACCUUCCCCAAAUUCACAGCCUGAGACUGGCUCAGAAUUGAUUUCUGCGAAAUGCGCUUCUGGAGAUGGAGCACCAAGUGUCUAAUGUCUUCAGGCUAUGACCUUGGGUGACCAGAGCUUCGCUCUUUCCCCCUUGCUUUUCCCACUUUGCACAUUUCCCUCGGACCACAGAUGUUACCCUAGUACUCAUCCUCCAGUUCAGAUUUGGUUUAGUGUCCUCUUGCAGAGUUGAAAGAUCUGUUAUUGAUGGAUUGAUUUUUUUAUCUUUGCAUGAGUUCUUCAUAAACACUAUGACAUUUUGUCUCUGAUGCUAGGACUCUGGGUUCUGUAGCUCAAAUUCUGCUUCAGUGUAAAUGGCAGUAGUCUAUCAGAGGAGGUCCAGCGCCUCAGCCUUGGCAUUUGCCGACACUUACUUACCUAAUAAAUAUUUGAUAAUUUUUUUUUGUAGUUUUACAACAUUUCCUUCUGCAUUAUCUACAAGCCUACAUUUUCAUUCUGUACCAGUCUUUUCUCCUAACUCUCCGAUCUUCUGUUACUGGAGUCUCAGGGUCUCUCCAUAUGUCCACUUUACCUCCAUAACACUACUCCCUAAGGUGCACAAAACUAAAAUACACUUAUGAUUGCAAAUGACUGAAGAAAUCAGCUUGAGGCCAUCAAGUAUGAAUUCUAAUUCUAUUUUGAUCUCUUUUCUCCCCAUGGCUUCCCUGGGCCGCUUACUGUGAGGCAAGAUGUUAGUCUUUUAAUCAGUAACUUGCAAAGUCAUCUAACUUAAAAGUUUCACAAAGUGGUUUCAUAUGACUUGGAGUGAUCCUAAAAACCAUUCAGUGGUCACAAAAGAGCACACACAGCACAUGGAAAGCAAGUUUAUUAGUUCACGUCGCUAUUGGUGUUUUAGUUUGGGCCAUGUGGGUGAGGAGUUACUGAAAUGAGAAUUUUGCAAACUAAAUUUGGAGACAGAAACACUUGAAAUGGAAAAUCCCUUAUUCGCCACAAAAUAAAAAUGUGGGCAGUCUUCCUCAUUUUGUAUCAACUUUGUCAAUGAGCUUUGGAACUAGGGAUAAGAGAUAAUAAUGUGUAGGUAUAUUCUGUCCAGAGACAGCAUAGCAUUUUGUAAGUAUAGAAAAUAAUUCCCCUGAAAAGAAAGGGUUUUACAGUAAAAUUGCUCGAGGGUAAAGACUGUAAUUGAAAAUCACUUACAGGUACAACAAGUGCUAAGGCAUUCAAGCUCUGCCGGAGGGUGGCUGAUACAAUCAAGGGACUGCAGGAGUCCACCAGAUAUGAUCAAGGGACAGCAAAAGAGUCCACCACAGCAAAGGUGCAAUAAGCAGCAGGAAGGAAGAGAGAUUAUUAUCAAAGAGGCCAGAGUUCAUUAGGGCUCUCCUCGGUCAUGAUAAGGAUUUAGGGCUUUUUAAAGUGUGCUGGCCACUGAAGCUAGAGAGUUGCAGUGAUGAGAUUUGAGCACCCUUAGGGAGGAUCGCUGUGCCUGCUGUGUUGAGUUAGAUGUGAUGUGAAGCAUGAAGCAAGGACGGAUGCAGGGACACCGAUUAGAUGGCAGUUGCAGUGGUCUAAAUGUCAUGUGACUGGCUACAACUAAAAAUACAGAGACUGGGCUCCCUGCGUCCUUACAGUUAAUAAAGCCCUUGGCAGACUUGCAAGUAGAUGUUUGAUGAAAUACACUCAAUCCAAUAUUCCCUUCCUGUGGCCCAUAAUAAUUUAAAAAAUAUAGUGCAGAAAACACAGCACAAGUAAAGCCUAUACCAUGGUCGCCAUAGUUACUGGGAGUAACUGCCUAGGGCCAAAAAGUCACACCUGAAUGUAGGAGGCAUUGUUUGAUGGGUAUUCCCUAACCGGUCUCCUUUGUCCACGUUAUAUAUUUUUAAAUAUGGAAUUGGAUACAAUUGGAGCUCUGUCUCUUCCCUGGGCUCUUCCUGUGAUGAGAAGCUCCUUUCAUUUCCCAUUGCUGCUUCUAAAUGCCAGUCAGGAAUCUUGCAGCUGGCAGAGCUCCAUGGCCUUUGCAAGGGCUAGGCCUUCAUCUUUCAGGUCAGACUGCUUUGUUAUUUAUAGCUUCCAGCAGAUGCAAAAUGUUUUACCAAAAUAGGUAUCUUUCUAUCUCUUAGAGGUACUUACUGUAAAUACCUGCAUUAUAGAAGGCCCCUUCUUGCUUUCAGAAAAGUCCCUUGAUCACAUGGAAGAACCGGUGGCAAUUUCAUGUAAUCCCAUUUGCAUCAGUGUUUAAAAUUAGGUUCUCAGAGAUGUUCCCAAGUGUUGUCAGAAAUGCUGUGCAGUCCUGAUGGUGCACUGUACUCUGCCAGCUGCCGAUUCUCCUGACACGGGAACCUUCUCAAGCCUUUAUGUGGUAUCUGUGUGGUUUAUCUAGUUUUCUAAAAAGUGAUUUUUAAGAUACUUAAAUUUGAAAAUAUGAGAAC